CUCGAAGAAGAAGAAGGUAGUCACGACUGCAAAUCUGUUCUGCGACAUGUCGAAAAACUAACUGGGUGAAAUGCGGCACUACUGAGCAAUACUUGAUGUUGUUUAGUUGUAGAUGAAAGAGAAACUGUCACAUCAGACUUUUACCCACGGGUUUGUCCGGUGAUCCUGCCCCAAAAAAAGCGAUGCUGGUCACCGUUUUCUGCGCGCCGAGGGAUCGCCAAGAAACCACCUUCGCCCUCGAUGUAUCCCCGGAGCUGGAGCUGAGAGACUUUGUAGCACUUUGUGAGCUAGAAUCAGGAAUCCCAGCUGGGGAAAUCCAGAUCACAUAUGUAGAACAGCCCCUAAAAGAUCCAACUCGUGCCUUGGGGACCUACGGUGUGAAAGAUGGAGAUGUGGUUGUUCUCAGGCAAGCUGACAGAAGGCCACCACCAACUCAGCCAGCCUUCCCAGGUCUGCCCCAUAUCGACUUUCGUUCCAUCACAGUUCCCGGCACCUCUUCUUCUACAAGUCAACGCAGUGCUCCACGGCCCCCGCAGCCGGCUUCACAGCCUCCGCAGCAGCAGCAGCCUCCACAGUCGCAGUCGCAACCGCAGCAGCAGCAGCAGUCGCCACGCGCAGCACAACCUUCCACGCCGAUGGCCUUCCGUGGCUCCUCUCCACAGGGGCUCGAUGACCCUGCCUUACUCCAGCAGAUGCUUUUGUCCAAUCCACAUGAGCUUUCACUCCUAAAGGAGAGAAACCCGCCACUCGCUGAGGCCCUGCUGAGCGGAGACUUGGGUAAAUAUAGAAAGACUUGAUCUUGCAGUUUUUUAAUCAGACAUGAUUAAGUCAUGUAAGUUUUUUUGUUUUUCUUUCCUCAGAGCGUUUUACCAAAGUGCUGCAGGAGCAACAGCAGGAUCGAGCCAAGAGAGAGCAGGAGAGGAUCAGACUUCUGACAGCUGAUCCUUUUGAUUUGGAUGCCCAAGCAAAGAUUGAGGAGGACAUCAGGCAGCACAAUGUGGAAGAAAACAUGACCAUUGCAAUGGAGGAGGCCCCUGAAAGCUUUGGACAGGUGGUUAUGCUCUACAUUAACUGCAAAGUCAAUGGGCACCCUGUGAAAGCUUUUGUUGACUCAGGAGCCCAGAUGACCAUCAUGAGCCAAGCGUGUGCUGAGCGCUGCAACAUCAUGCGGCUGGUGGACCGCCGCUGGGCCGGGAUUGCCAAGGGAGUGGGCACACAGAAGAUCAUUGGCAGAGUUCAUUUAGCUCAGGUCCAGAUCGAGGGCGACUUCCUUCCUUGUUCUUUCUCCAUCCUGGAGGACCAGCCAAUGGACAUGCUACUUGGCCUGGAUAUGCUGAAGAGACACCAGUGUUCAAUCGAUCUGAAGAAGAGCUCGCUCCUAAUAGGCACCACCGGCACUGAAACUCGCUUCCUGAAUGAGGCUGAGCUGCCAGAGUGUGCCAGGUUGGCAUACGGGGCGGAAGGGCGGGAAGACGCUCGUCCUGAUGAGAUAGCCGACAGAGAACUGGCAGAGGCGCUUCAAAGAUCCAUACAGGAAAGCGGACAGCACUGAUGCUUUUGGAGACAGCUGGAGAGGGCCCUACCAACCAGACACUGCAGAUGGACAAACUACCUCACCGCAGCCCACACCAUUUACAUUACCCAGAACCUUAGACCAAAUGUCCUCAUCCACCUCCCCUUCCCAAAACCUGUCCUCUGGCCAGACCCAGACUCUGGAUCGCUCUCAGUCUGCCCCGGCCACCAUCACGCAGGGUUCGGCCUCAAGGCUGUGUGAGGACCCACCUGGCGUCCAGGAGCUUCCUCUACCUAUGUCCCCAAAAGAGGAUGUUGGUUCUGCAUCUCCUCAGGUCCAGCCUCACCCUCUGCCCGUCCAAAACAGCUCCAAAGUGCAGCUGGUACCGAAUCCUUCAGCCAAUGUCCCCCCUACACCGGCAGAUCUGACGACUGUGUCUGAGUAUACAGGGGAUGAGGUCCAGCCUGGAGCCGCAGAGGGGGAUGCUGAAUCCGACAUGGUCCUCCCCAAUCCAGAGGAAUUUUCCCCUUUUCAACCCAUGGAGCAGGAGGGGACAAAGGUUGACACAGUGGAUGCUGCAGAAGCCUGUCCGAGCGCUCCUAGCCAACCCGACUCUGUUGAAAUGGAGUCCCCGACUGCCUCCCAAUGCGCAGUGUCCUCUGAGAGGGACCAGCCUGACGGAGAGCACUCCUCCAGCUCUGACAGCAUCCCGUCACUGGCUGCCGCUCUGAAGGAGCUUCACGAGCUGCUGGUGUCCAACAACCGGUCUCAGUCCCAAAACCGCAGCAACUCCUGCUCCCCCUCCGACCCAUUCAGACAGGAAACUGAGGAUGUGCUACAGGAGCCACGCACCCUGACUCCUGUGUUCUCCAACAUCCCCUCUACUGCCAUCACAGCUGGUGCAGAACCAAGCGAUGCCAAAGCCGACCAUGCUGCUGCUGCUGCUGCUGCUGCUGCUGCUGCUGUUGUUGCUGUGUCAGAUGAGGGACCAUCAAAGUGUUUCGUGCCCGACAUCCCUGGCCAGGAUGAGCAUCCGGGAGGAGAUUCAGCUGACACUGCGGAGAAACAAGGACCACCAGAUUGUCCAGGUGACUCUGAAAAGGGGAGGGCUGAUAGACUUGGGGGAGAUGAAGCUAAUAAUAUCAGCACUUUUCAACCUGGUCCAGAGGUUCCUUCUAAUCCUGCAGAAGAGCUGGAGUUCAGGGAACCUCCAGAGGGUCAGCAGGGGAGAGGGGUCGCAGACGGCCGAGCCUCUGGAAGCAACACCCCUGACACUCUGCUCCUCCAGACUGAGCACCCCUUUAUCAGCCCUCUGUCCAUGGCAGUCGGCUCACCAGAGGAAGUCACUAGCACCUCGUCUUCCUCUUCUCCUCCUCUUUCUCAGGCUGCCCAGGUCACAUCUCCAGCCCCCCUUCCCCCUCACUCCCAUCCCUUUAUAGAACAAUUUCCAGCCGAGCACAUCCAGAGAAUCCAGGCAGCGGGCUUUUCUGCCAUGGAGGCUGCUGAGGCACUGCAACAAGCCCAUGGGGUUGUGGAGCUAGCUCUGCUGGCGCUGCUAGCCCGCAGUAUCACUGUGCCCACCUAGACUCAUUACUAGUCACACCGAGUCCCCAGCCUCUCAACUCAGCAUCUGUCUUAUUUAUACCUUGUUACUGAUCCAGAUGUCUCGUCCCCUCCUUAACAGGGAGCACGUCAAAACACAGGGAAACGCUGUCUCUCGGUUUGUCAUACAGAACAUCCAAGAACUAACAGGACAACUGGUAAACUUUUCUGGAUAUUGCAGAUAUGUGAGGUGUGUUUGCAUGCAGAUGUUUUGGGUGCCCACCCAUUUCAUUGGUUUUUAGAGAUUUGGUAUGGUAGAUUGAUUUUCUUGUUUUUCUUCCAACAUUGACAGAUUAUGAAAAGCCCAAUUGUAUGAUUUGAUUUGAACAUUGAGCAUAAUUAUAAUCUCCCUUUUUGAUAUGUCAUAAAACUAUUAUUGUUUAUACUCUGGAGCGUCAAUUAAAAAAAUCUAAAUAAAAAGGAGAAGCAUCUCUCCCUCUACUACUCCAUCAAACAUGGAUAUUUACAGCAGUUUGCUGAUAGAUUAACUUUGUUUCUGUGUUUGUUACUCCCAUAAUCUACAAAUCAGAACCCAAUGACAGAAACGCAAUGCGUUGGGGACUGCUGAAGUUAACGGGUUGAUCUCUCUCGAUCAGGUUUACAGAUAAUUUCUCCAGAAGUCAGUUAUCACACUGAAAUAUCAAGGGAGCCACUAGUGUGUUUGUUGAUGUCUGAUCAUAGAUGGAUUAUACGGUGAAGUUUGUGUAUUACAGAGGGUAUCUUGUACUGUAUGUAUCAUUCUCCACAGUUUGGGAGCUUUGCCAUGUGUAGAUUAAGAAUCAGUUUGUUGUUCCUAUUCAUGAAGUCUUUUAUUUUGUGUCAGAACAUCAUAGUUUGUGAUCAUACCAUAAAAACAUCCAUUUUCUUUUUGUUUUAUUUUAGAAUUUGGCCAUUUGCGCCCAUCAAAUGUUUUGGCAGCACAUCAUAUAUCAAGUAUUUUAAUGGCUUUAUUUCAGUCAUAUACCAACAAUGUUCAGGCAGAUCGAAUAUUUACUUUUAUCUUGUAUGAAAUUUUAAAAUGCAAAUAAAAUGGAACUAGUAUUUGUA